ACAGUUUGCUGAUCACAAACAGGAGACAUUUCAAACAUGAGCGCUGUGUUUGGACUGUUGGUGAUUUUGCUUCAAGUCUCUCAUGGUGUGGAAACCUCCUGUGAUGGCAGACAGAAUGGAGCUGAAUGUUACGGAGCUCUAGGAGGAACUCUGCUCCUCCGGCUGAUGGAUGAUGCAUCAGAAAUAUUUAAAUUUGAUUUGAAGAAAGAAACAACAGUAAUACUACAGGGGAGGAGGGGAAAUAUUCUGACUGAUCUGACAAAAAGCAGAUUCUCAUUUACUCCUAACAAUGGAACAUUUAGGAUCAAUAACCUGAGUAGAGAUGAUGGUGGACAAUAUAGUAGUACAGCUUAUUUAGAUUCAAGUGGAACAAAUCCAGUGGCGCAGACUCUUCAGUUGAUCAUUCAAGCUCCUGUGUCCUCUGUCCAGCUGGUCUCUGAGUGUCUGUCUCAGGGAGAGAUGAGGGUCUCCUGCUCCUCUGGGGGAGGGGACAGUCCUCAGUACAGCUGGACUCUGAAUGGACGCAGACUGAAGAAAUCUCAGCUCCUCUCAGGAAAUAGUGAGGGUCAGAUCGUCACUCUGAAACGAGAUGUGUCAGGACUACUGGUGUGCACAGCCAGAAAUCGCAUCAGUAGUGUCUCAAAAAGAGUGAAGAUUUCACCUUGUGGUGUAGAAACCUACUGUGAUGGCAGAUAUGAUGGAGCUCAGUGUUAUGGAGCUCUGGGAGGAUCUGUGCUCCUGCAGCUGAUGGAGAACUCCUCGGAGAUAUUUAGAUACGAAUGGAAAAAAAAAUCAACAGUAAUUCUACAUGGGAGGAAGGAGAGGAUUGUGACUAAUCUGAUAGAAAACAGAUCCUCAUUUACUCCCAGUAAUGGGACAUUUAGGAUCACUAAACUGAGCAGGAAUGAUGCCGGUGAAUACACUGUCAUGAUCUUUGACUCAAAUGAAGCAGUUAUAGAGAAGCAAACUCUACAGUUGACCAUUCAAGUUCCUGUGUCCUCAAUCCAGCUGGCCUCUGAGUGUCUGUCUCAGGGAGAGAUGAGGGUCUCCUGCUCCUCUGGGGGAGGGGACAGUCCUCAGUACAGCUGGACUCUGGAUGGACACACGCUGAUGAAAUCUCAGCUCCUCUCUGGAAAUAGUGAGGGUCAGAUCAUCACUCUGAGGCAAGAUGUGUUGGGAAUGCUGGUCUGCACAGUCAGGAAUCACAUCAGUAGUGUCUCAGAUGAAGAGAAGACAGAGUCCUGUGGAUUUGAAUUCUUUGACUGCACCUUACUCAAUGGGACCUACAUAUCACAGUGGUUGCGGCCAUCUGAUGAAAUUCAGUGUGUCAAGCCAGCUCUUAGUCUGGAUAUCUCCCUGCUCAUAUGUGUUCUGGAAGCAGCUGUGUUUUUUCUGAUAAUAAUUGGUAUCUUCCUCUACUUUGCUUGGAGGAAAAAUAAACUACUGAAAGGGGAAGGCUCUGCAGUCCCUGAAGAGGUGGAAUAUGACAACAAUUCUGUUGUAAUGGUUGAAAUGAGAAGCUCUGCAGCUGAACCUUAACUUUCUGAAACCAAAACCUUUAUGUCACCUCUAACCCGCUGUGACUGGGCCGUGUAUCUACAGAGCUGAAAACUUAAGGUUUAGAUUAGAAAAUCAUUUCUGUUUGAAUUUUUUGUCCAUUUUACUUCAUUCAAACUUCAAUAUGAAUUUGUGUGAACAAAGCUUUUAUUUUAUGUGUCAUUAAGGCGUUUCUUUUUUAAUGUUAUCAUACUGUUGUUUUGUGUAACAUCGUGCUCGUUUGAAAAUAUGUUGUCUUUUUAAAAUAUAUAUUGAUGGAAUAUACAGUAUAUACAGUUUUAUUCACUUUUUGCAUCAUUAUUUGACUUUUUUUGUUUGUUUGUUUUUCUUACUUUAUUUAUGUAUUUUCUGUCUUAAGUGAAGAUAUGUAGGGGGUGGGGGUUAGGGGAAGUGAAAAGUUUUUGUGAGUGUUUUGCACUCAUAUGAAAAUAAUAGAAACAAUAUUGAAAAAAGAAAUUCUUCUUUGUUUUCAUUUUUUUGUCAUUUUUAUUUCAUCAAUAAUUGUAAAUAAUUCUCAGGCAAUGCAUUUUGAUUUUAUCUGUGUCAUUAAGAUGUUUAUUUUCUAAUAUAAUAAUACUUUAGAUUUUGUUUCUCCUUGCUAUCCAAUGAAAAAUAUUGUCUUUGUAAAAUAUGUAUUGAAGGAAUAGAUAUACAGGUUUCUUUUUCACUUUUUGUAUCAUUAUUUGACUCUUAGUAUAUUUUUAAAAGCAUGACGUAUACCUUACUUUGGAUUUAAGAACUGAUGAUAAUACAAACAUUUAAUGUUUAAGCCUUGAACUUUGUUGAUAAUAGUUUUCUUUUCAUUUCUGAUCAUAUUUAAUCACUAUUAUGAGUCUGUUUGGCUUCCAUAUAUAGAAUAUUUCAGGGUCAAUCAACUAUCAAUAGAAAAAUAAUCAUGAAUCUGUUCAAACUUUUACUAAAAUAGUCUUCCUCCCUACAUUCUACCUGUUCAAACAUGCAUUUGGUUAAUCAUCCAACAACUUUAUAUGCACUAUUAGUUGAUUGUCUGUUGUAUUCACUUACUUUCCUUUAUUCUGACACACGUAACUGUGGAUCAUGUAACCACAGCACAUUUUAUGCUGCCUUAUUCCCUUCAUUGUAUUUCUUUUUUCUGCAUGUUUUGUCUUUGUAACGCACUUUGUCACUCUUGUCUGUGAAAAGCUCUAUACAAAUAAACUUUACUUACUU